GCGCGACGGCGGCCCUGGGAAGGGAGGCCGUCGGGCGCGGGGGUGCGGGCAAUGGCGGGAAGCGGGUGGAGCUGCCCGGCUCGUCCGUGACCUCAGAGCCCCUGGCCCAGCUCCGCCCUGACGUCAGCCCUCCUCCGCCCCCGCCCGCGUCGGGCUUCAAAUGACCCCCGGGCUUCCCAGCCCCAGCGAGACCCGGGAGCCCGCAGAAGAGGAGCGCCCGCCGGAGCCAUAGCGAUGACACAGGACGUGCCCAAGCCCACCCCGGCCGCCCGCCACUGCUCCGGCCUGGCCCGGCGGGUGCUGACCGUCACGUUCGCGCUGCUCAUCCUGGGCCUCAUGACCUGGGCCUACGCCGCCGGGGUGCCGCUGGCCUCCGAUCGCUACGGCCUCCUCGCCUUCGGUCUGUACGGGGCCUUCCUCUCGGCGCACCUGGUGGCGCAGAGCCUCUUCGCGUACCUGGAGCACCGGCGGGUGGCGGCGGCGGCGCGGCGGGCGGCGGCGCGGGGGCCCCUGGACGCGGCGGCGGCGCGCAGCGUGGCGCUGACCAUCUCGGCGUACCAGGAGGACCCCGCGUACCUGCGCCAGUGCCUGGCGUCCGCCCGCGCCCUGCAGUACCCGCGCGCGCGCCUGCGCGUCCUCAUGGUGGUGGACGGCAACCGCGCCGAGGACCUCUACAUGGUGGACAUGUUCCGCGAGGUCUUCGCCGACGAGGACCCCGCCACCUACGUGUGGGACGGCAACUACCACCGGCCUUGGGAGCCGGCGGGCGCGGCGGGCGCGGCGGGCGCGGGCGCCUACCGGGAGGUGGAGGCCGAGGACCCCGGGCGGCUGGCGGUGGAGGCGCUGGUGAGGACGCACCGCUGCGUGUGCGUGGCGCAGCGCUGGGGCGGCAAGCGCGAGGUCAUGUACACCGCCUUCAAGGCGCUCGGCGACUCGGUGGACUACGUGCAGGUUUGUGACUCGGACACGAGGCUGGACCCCACGGCACUCCUGGAGCUGGUGCGGGUGCUGGACGAGGACCCCCGGGUGGGGGCUGUUGGGGGGGACGUGCGGAUCCUUAACCCCCUGGACUCCUGGGUCAGCUUCUUAAGCAGCCUGCGGUACUGGGUGGCCUUCAAUGUGGAGCGGGCUUGUCAGAGCUACUUCUACUGUGUGUCCUGCAUCAGUGGACCCCUAGGCCUGUACAGGAACCACCUUCUGCAGCAGUUCCUUGAGGCCUGGUACAACCAGAAGUUCCUGGGCACCCAUUGCACCUUUGGGGAUGAUCGGCACCUCACCAACCGCAUGCUCAGCAUGGGUUAUGCCACCAAGUAUACAUCCCGGUCCCGCUGCUACUCCGAGACACCCUCUUCCUUCCUGCGCUGGCUGAGCCAGCAGACGCGCUGGUCCAAGUCGUACUUCCGCGAGUGGCUGUACAACGCGCUCUGGUGGCACCGGCACCACGCCUGGAUGACGUACGAGGCGGUGGUGUCGGGCCUCUUCCCCUUCUUCGUGGCGGCCACCGUGCUGCGGCUCUUCUACGCCGGCCGCCCGUGGGCGCUGCUCUGGGUGCUGCUGUGCGUGCAGGCCGUGGCGCUGGCCAAGGCGGCCUUCGCGGCCUGGCUGCGCGGCUGCCCGCGCAUGGUGCUGCUGUCGCUCUACGCGCCGCUCUACAUGUGCGGCCUCCUGCCCGCCAAGUUCCUGGCGCUGGCCACCAUGAACCAGAGCGGCUGGGGCACGUCCGGCCGCCGGAAGCUGGCCGCCAACUACGUGCCCCUGCUGCCGCUGGCGCUCUGGGCGUUGCUGCUGCUGGGGGGCCUGGUCCGCAGCGUGGUGCAGGAGGCCAGGGCCGACUGGGGCGGCCCCUCGCGGGCCGCCGAGGCCCGGCACCUGGCCGCAGGGGCCGGCGCCUACGUGGGGUACUGGGUGGUGAUGCUGACGCUCUACUGGGUGGGCGUGCGGAGGCUCUGCCGGCGGCGGGCGGGCGGCUACCGCGUGCAGGUGUGAGUCCCGGCGUGCGGGGGACCCCGGGAGCCACGGACUUGCCGGCCUCGGGUUCUGUGGGCCUCGCUUGCCCUCCUCCGUGAAGCGAGGGGGUCGAUCCGAGACUCUUCAGCCUGGACUAUUUGGGGGCUGGGACUUGGGGUCUUUGGGCAGGGGUAUUUAUUGGUCAGGGUGUGGAUUUUUUAGGGGCAGGGGGAGACGGGGGUCCCCAUAUGCUGUCCUGGGGUCUGCUUUCUCCCUGUUCGUAUUUAAUAUCCAUUUGUACUGUGUGAUUAAGACAUAAUAAAGAAUUUUAUUUAUUUU